AAGAACUAUAUUGUCAACAUGGCCUUUAGUGCUAAAAAGGCAUGUUGUUCUUAGUGCUGUUUUCUUUGUAAAUUAGGGAGGAAGUGAAGUACACAUUUAUAACCACUAUAACCUACAGUACACUAUCUUAGCAAAAAAAAAUAAUUCACAGAAUAGAGAAGUCAGUCCUGAGAAAAAAAAACUCUUUUAUCUUUUGUUUGCAGGUUUGUCAUUUUGUAUCUAAUUAAUGUUUCAAGUGUAGUUUAGCGUCAGUUCUGGCAGGUCAUGUUAGUCAAGCUCAACUGAUUCACUUUAAGAAAACAAUACCAGUCACAGCCUUCCCAUAAACCCACAGUUUCACCCUCUAGUUCACAGUCAGCAUUUAUAUUAAUCUCUCUGUAAUAAAGAACAAUGAUGUAUUUCAGAUAUCAUUAAUGUAGAUUUGAUUCUGUUGAUGUGAGGUUAUACUGCAACUUUCUUUCCCUUAUUUCCCAUAAUUAAUCCCUUAAAAGUGUUCUUGCCCAGAACAGAGGCAUAUGUUACCAUCAGUACAGACUGUGUGCUUUUUGUCAGUCUUUGAUAGCCGUAGUGCUGACAGAAACACAAUUACAAUUUCUUUUCUAACCAAAUUACAGAACAACAUUGAUUAAUUCAAUAGGUGAAUAAAGGAGAUAAGAAUGAGAUAAGAAAUUAAACUUCUUUUUUUCAUACAUUUUCUGAAUGUAAUGUAAUGUAAGUUAUUGGACAAAUAUUUUUGCAUUUUGAGACUGAUGUCGACACAGGAAGUUCAGUCAGUAUUAAGAGUUUGUGACUUCUUCACAUCACACUCCUGCUUAGCCUCACAUCAGCAGCAGGGCAAUUCUUAUUGCAUUAAUACAUGACAAUUUUUCUUUUUGUUUCUAAAAAAGAUCUUGGAAACUAACACUGACUGUUUUAUCAUUUCUGGAUUGAGUGACUGUUAAUAAAAAGAUGGACACUACUCAGAAAAUCAUUAUCUUCUGUUUUCUCUUGCAAGGUGUUUGCUGUAGAGAUUUCAACAUCAGUUUGCCAGAGAAGAUUCAAGCUCUCAGUGGAUCCUGUGUGGUUAUAAAGUGCAGAUUUGAGAUUAAUGAAACAUAUGAUAAAGACCUCACUGAGAGAGCUGCUGGAGUCUGGUAUAAAGACACACAUGAUAAGAGCAGCAGCCCAGUGUUUAACUCUAGUGCAUCAACCCAGAACUCUUUUAUUAAAGGGAAUAUAACUGGACAAUUAAAUUACAAGGACUGUACCACUGUCUUUUAUGAUGUCACAUCAAAUCAUAGUGGUCAGUAUUUCUUCCGGAUUGAGGGUGAAGGUGGACUGAAAUGGACCUUUACAAAAAGCAAUACUUCAGUAGUUGUGAUCGAGUCUCCAGUGAAUCCUCAAGUUGUGCUAUAUGUGAAUGAGCAGGAACUGCAGGAUCAGCAGGAGGUGUUGGAGGGCAGAUCUGUGAGUCUGCGCUGCUCUGCUGACGAUCUCUGCUCUUCUCCUCCAGCAACUCUCACAUGGAGCUCCACUGCCAGAAUCCCCCACAGUGAGAGCAGCAAACUACAGGAGCUCAUCAUCUCUGAUCUGAACUUCACUGCUGCUCAGCGGCACCACAGAGUCACUUUCACCUGCUCUAUAAGCUACCAGCUGCAGGACAACAACAAAACAGCUCACAGCAGCAUCACAUUACAUGUGCAGUAUGCUCCUCAGAUCUUAAACUCCAGCUGUAACAUUGGGAAUGUAAAUGUGUGUUUCUGUGAGGUUGAUGGGAAUCCCUCUCCUGUAGUGGAGUGGCAUCUGUCUGGACGUCUCGUCUCAAACUCCUCGAACAUGUUCAUCAGUGAAGAGCGAUUGAGUAACACAAGCUUGAGGAGCUUCAUCUCUCUAGAUCAGUCUCUCACACAGACAAGCACUCUGCUGUGUGUCAGUAAAAACACUCAUGGUAAUGAAAGUCUUCAGCUUCUUCCAUCUUCAACACGUUUGAGUUUUUCCUUCAUGCUGAUUGGAGUUGCUGUUGUGCUUUUGGUGACUUUGAUAUCGGUCAUUAUAUAUCUACGAAAAGAGCGUGGGAAACUUCAACAAACCAAACAAGAAGAAAGUGCUAAAGGAAGUGGUCAAAAUGCAGAUAAAGAGAAUGAAGGAGACUCUCUUUAUGCCACUGUGUCAUCUGUUGAAGACGCCACAGCAAAUCCAGACAUCCAUCGCCAAAAAUCCAUCAUUUAUUCCUCCAUUGACUUCAAAAACUAUAAAGCAGAGUCAGAAGAGGUGGAGAGCGUCUCUUGUCUUCAUGCUGACUAUGCAGUGGUCCAGCGUGAUUCUGGAGGAGCAGCAGAAGCAGAGAGUUUAGUGAGAGAGUUUUCAAGAUCAACAGAAGCACAGGUGAUUGAGAGAGCAGAUAAACUUACUAAACAAACACCGUUAAAGCAAUCAGAGGAAGAGCUCUUUGGAGUAGACUCUCAGCUUUAUGAAAAGAUUACAUAUCAUAGUCCUUAGAGUUAAAAUCAUUCAAAACAAUCAAGCAAUUAAACAAUGGGAUAGGGAUUAUGUAGUUUUUGCACAUUAACUUAAGAUAUUUUUACUUAUUAUUUACAAUGUUUUAUACAAUUUGUCAAAGUCUAAAAUAAGUAGCGGAUUUGCCAUUAAAACUGGAAUGUGUAGAAUGUAUUUUUUACAAUACAUGGGUCCAUUCCUAUCCUUCCAAUGCUUUAGAUUGCGCACAUAAUGUUUGAUGUUUGCUGUGCAGGAAUUGAGUUUGAUGUUCAUAAUCUAACACAUUUGUUAAAUAAUUAGUUGUUAAAUAAUUAAAACAUUUAAAUUGUUAAAUAAUUAUACAAAGGUUCUUUAUAAAUUGAUGAUAUUGACUACUGUAUAACUACUGUAGUUAAUAUACCAUAGUAAAGUGUUUAUUUUUUAAAAGUAUUUGAAUAUAUUUGUAUUGUUCAGUAAUAUUGAAAUCCACCUAAACAUUUACAUCCACCUCACCAUUUACUCAUACUCAAGUGGUUCUAAAAUUGAUUUCUUCUGUUGAAGACAAAAUAAGAUAUUCUGAAGAUUGUUGAUAAAUGCUGCCAUUUGGCAUCAAUAGUAGAAACAAAAUUAACUAUGUAAAUCAACCCUCAACAUCCAUUGGUAUAUCUUUCUCCAACAAAAUAUAUUGUGUUCAGCGAAAGGAAGAACUUGGAACAAGUGAAAUAUAAGUGAAUUCUUUUUUGAGAGUUUUAUUUUUUGCUGAACAGAGCUUUAAAUAUCUUUAAAAUAGACGCUUCAGUCUCCACACUGAGGCCAAAUUUCUAAAGGAUCUACGCAUUAUGGUAGCCUGUAUAUAGAAACAUUUGUGGGGUUUUUGUGCUUUGUAAUUUGGUAAUUUAUAAAUAUGUAUAAAUUUAGCAUUAAGCAAGUUUUACAUUUAAAUUAUGUUUAAACAUUUAACUGUUUUAUUAUUACUUAGAGUGUUAGUUAUUUUCCUUCCCAGUGUAGUGUCUGUUUAACUAUUUCCUUUAGCAGUAUCAAGAGAUAUUUAUGUUCAUCAUGUAAUUUUAAACAGAUUUAGAAUUAUUUUUAGUAAUUUCAAGCAUGACGCUGAGCAUUAAAAAUUAUCUUUAUUUAAAAAUGACAAAAACGAAUAAUAUUAUCAAAUUCUUAAAUUAAAUGUGAAAUACCCAAGUAUAACAUGUAGAAAUGACUUUUUUGAACAACAUACUUCAAGAAAAUUGAAAACUUGUUUUCUUUGCAAUUUUGAAAAUUAUUUUUGUACAGUGUACACAAUGACUAUUCAAUAAACUGCUCUUUUUAUUUGCA